AUGGCUUCCUCCCUAUUUCAUUGCUUUCUCUUUUGUUCACUACUCUUCCUCACCAUUAGUACCCCCUCACUUGCCUAAACCUUAUCUUUUAUUCCAAAAACCCUUGUUCUUCCAGUAGCAAAAGAUUCCUCUACUCUCCAAUACCUCACCACCUUCAGCCAAGGAACCCCUCUUGUCCCCAUAAAACUCAUUAUCGAUCUUAGUGGUCAGUACAUUUGGGUAGACUGUAAAAAAGACUACAUCUUUUCCACCUACAAGUCUGCUUGUUGCAACUCUGCCCAAUGCUCACUCUCCAACUCCAAGGCUUAUGUUAUAUGUUAUUCCCCUAAGCCUACAAGCUACAACAACAUAUGCCAUCUCUCCCCUAACAACACCGUCACCCGCACCUCCACCAGCAGUGAACUUGGUGAAGACAUGUCCCUCCAAUCCACUAAUGGUUCAAAUCCAGGUAAGCUGGUCUCUGUCGCCAACCUACUUUUCACUUGUGGUGCCACAUUUCUGUUGAAAUACCUAGCAAGUGACGUUAAGGGCAUGGCUAGCCUCGGUAGGGAUAAAAUAGGGCUGCUCAAACACUAACAUCCCUCACAAUUCACUUCCGCCUUUAGCUUCAGCCAAAAAUUUGCAAUUUGUUUGAGCUCUUCAUCGAGUUCUUACGGCGUUGUAAUCUUAGGGGAUGGGCCUUAUUCUCUCAUUCCCAAUAUUGAGGUGUCUAUCACUUUCACUCCAUUGAUGAUCAACCCUAUCAUCACAGCCCCUUCUUAUUUCGUAGGCGAGCCUUCGGUGGAGUACUUCAUCAAUGUGAAGUCGACUAAGAUCAACCAAAAAGUUGUUGCUUUGAAUACUUCAAUGAUGGCCAUUGACAAUGAAGGGUAUGGCGGCACAAAGAUUAGCAUGGUGAAUCCUUACAAAGUUUUGGAGAUCUCAAUCUACAACGCCGUGGUGAAUACAUUUGUGAAAGAAGUUGCUAACAUCCCAAGAGUGAAACCAGUAACGCCUUUCAAAGCAUGCUUCAGUUCGAAGAACAUUGGUGUUACAAGGGUUGGGCCUGCAGUGCCUCAAAUUGAUCUCGUGUUGCAGAGCGAGAAUGUGUAUUGGACAAUGUUCAGAGCAAAUUCAAUGGUGUAUGUGAGCAAUGAUGUCUUAUGUUUAGGGUUUGUGGAUGGUGGUGAGAGGAUGACUUUUAUUGUGAUUGGAGGGAACUAGUUGGAGGACAAUCUUCUGCAGUUUGAUCUGGCUACUUCUAGGCUUGGGUUCAGCUCCUCACUUUUGUUCAGACGUACAACUUGUGCGAACUUCAACUUCACUUCUAAUGCUUAA